AUGUUUGCACGAUCUCUCCCCAACGUACACGCCCUCCCACCAACAAGAUAUAAACCCAGCCUACAUCGCAACAUAACCUCACUUGCUACUCAUUUUCAAAUACCUCAAUCCUCCGACCGCAAACUGAACUCCAAACCGAAAUCCCUCCGCUUCCCCGCAGACCUCAGCUUCCAGAAAACCACCCUACCUCAAGCCUCACCUUUCUCUACUUCACACAUCAUGGCCUCUGAUGAUGCCUACAUGGCCUUUCUGAACAAGGCAAAUGCCGACAACAGUGCCGCCUCUACUGAAUCGGAACAAGCGCCCAGACCCCAGGCCGUGGAUGACUCCCUCAACUUACCAGCUUCGCUACAAGAAGUCAAAGUAAACUAUGUCUCAGAGAGCGAUGAACCCUUUGAGCCUGUCUUGCUGCGAUGGAAGGGUGCUACCAAAGGAGAAUGGCCAAGUGCUGAUGACCUUUCUUCCUUGAUCUCGCCGACCGCCGAUAUUUCGAGUAAUAUUUCGACCCUUGAUGAAGCCUCCUUUGAUCCCAGGAAUGAGUACACCGGGAUUCUGAAGGCGGUGCGUUCGGCCACUACGGAGGAUGACCCUGAUAAAGUUGAUAUCAAGAUCUAUCGUGUUCAGCUGGGUACUUCCAAGCUGGAGUACUAUGUACUGGCUUUGAAUUCGGCAGAGGGUGGUCGGAUUGUUGGGAUGCGGGCUUUGAGUAUCGAGUCUUGA